GAAGAUUGCAAAAGUAAGUUAGAGCAACCAGACUCAAGUUAAGCUCUUCCGUAGCGGGUUUGUCUCGUUAACCCUGCAUUGGAUUUGCCUGCAUUGCUUGGGCUGCCAAGCAAACUGGAUUGAUGUUCUCUAAUAGAACUGCGUCGAUCGUUUUGCAUGGAACCGCAGCUAAAACUUUUAACCUUUUAGUAAAAGCUUGCAUAGCGCCUCCUGUUGCAAAAUUUGUUGUCUGGCAGUCUCGUGCGAUUGAGGCAAUGCUGGCAUACCGAACUCAUUCUCCACCCUGAUUUGCCUCUCAACGACAAUUGCGCCCAGCGGAGUGAAGGCACUCGAUUCGAAACGCACACUCAUUUGGCAGGGCAGACGUCCUACCGACGUCGGAGGUUUUCAGCAACUAUAAACCAAUUGCAUCGAGGCUCUCCAUCGCAUGCACAAUGCUGCGAGGUAGUUCAAUUAGCGUGAGGAGUGUCCGAGGGGCACUCAACAAUGGCAGUCCCUUCUCCCUGCAAUUCAACCGGGGCAUGGCCGGGCGCAUUUUGUACACUGCAGAAUCCACUGCUGUAGGGGGCAGGAACGGCACCGCAAAGUCCACUGAUGGAACCGAUGCGCUCGACUUGAAGCUUUCAAUGCCAAAGGCGCUGGGAGGACCUGGGGGCGAGGGGACGAACCCAGAGCAGCUGUUCUCAGCAGGAUACGCCGCGUGCUUCCUUGGAGCGAUGGGGGCUGCCGCUAAGAAGCUGAAGAAGAGCCUGCCCGAGUCGACGGCCGUCCGGGGAACCGUCCACUUCAUCAGCGACAACGGGAAACUUGGGUUAGGCGUUGGGUUGCAUGCCCAUUCGCCAGACAUCUCGACGGCCGACCUCCAGAAAAUAAUGGAGGAAGCGCAUCAGAUCUGCCCCUACUCAAACGCGACACGUGGCAACAUCAACGUGGACCUCUCAGCUGAAGGAGCUUGACCGCUUUACUGGAGUUGCCGUGUACAAUAUCCGCCCGCUUGCGCAUAUAAUUUGUAGCGGAUCUGCACCCACCAAUAAUAUGAUAGUGGAGCUAUCAUCUUUCUUUUGUAAAGAUGAAUACCGUUGUAAAGUACGAAGGAUUCCGCAAAGGUGGACUGCAAAUCCAUACUAUCUAGCAGAUCACGUCCCGUUAAUUGCCGUGCUCAGUGACUGCUGUCGAGGACUGUCUGAUAUUAGGGGCUACUUGGGGCUGCAAAUGAAGACGUGUAAUACAAUUGUAAAGAUACUAAGUAUAUUGCAGUAUGGUGAAGGUACGUAACUCUUGUGCAUGUUUGAGGGGCCAUGUAGCUGAACGCAUCGACAUAUCACAAUAUUCAGUACCGUCACAUGAUUGGUUUUGGUGUGCACCCGACUGCAACAAUUGCUGACCGUGGAGCAAUUUAAGGUACUCAGACGACUGGUUAGGGGGCUCUUAGUGACUCGCACCCUAGGAUCUGAUUUUGAAAAACUUAAGACGGGUCGAUAUAUAUUUAUGAGAUUCUUCGAUGUGAACGUCGG